AUGUUCACUUUCGGGAAUAACAGCGCUGCCUCGCAUGAUGCUGAAAGACAGGCCGAGCUUACAGCUCGUGAAGCUGCAAGGGAAGUCGUACGGAAUUCCUCCACUCCAACGUUGGAGGAAUUGGUCCGAUCCAUCAGCCCAUUCUCCCCUGAAUGCUUCGGAGAGGAUGUGGAGGCCUCUAGUCCUCCUUCCUCUGGGAGAGCGUUCCCUGGAACGAAUCCAACAGCUCGAGGGGGAGCUGAGCGUCGCCAGGAGGCAGGUCGACGCUCUGCAAUGGAGCAGAGGCGUGCACACCAACGAGCUGAAGGAAACGCAGGCCGUAUGCAAGCAGCACGAAAGGAAUCUCACCCGCAUGGUGAGGAUUUACGGACAGUACACAACGUGCUGCCCAAGGCCCUCGAAGCGCACAGGGCCAAGCUCCGCGCCCUGCAUCCGGAGGAGGAGGAAGAACUACUCCACCACUUCCUCCAGAAGGGGAACGUGGUGGAAACCUUUAUAGAAAUCAUCACGCACGGUGAAGGCAUGGUCCGCGUGACCACCGACCGGGACGAGUUCUUUUUCGCAGCUCGAAGGGGAGCUGAGCGUCGCCAGGAGGCAGGUGGAUGCUCUGCAAUGGAGCAGAGGCCUGCACGCCAACGAACUGAAGGAGACGCAGGCCCUGUGCAAGCAACACGAAAGGAACCUCACCCGCAUGGUGAGGAUCUACGGGCAGUGCACGAGGUGCUGCCCAAGGCCCUCGAAGCGCACAGGGCCAAGCUCCGCGCCCUGCACCCGGAGGAGGAGGAAGAGCUGCUCCACCACUUCCUCCAGAAGGGGAACGUGGUGGAGACCUUCAUAGAGAUUAUCACGCAGGUGAAGGCAUGGUUCGCGUGA